AUGGACUUUGUUGUGGGUUUGCCUACCACAUUGGGUGGUUAUGACUCCAUUUGGGUUGUUGUUGACAGGCUGACCAAGUCUGCCCACUUCAUUCCGGUUCGGGUGAAAUAUACGGCAGAGAAGUUAGCCGAGCUAUAUAUCAGUCAGAUUGUGCGACUACAUGGGGUUCCUGUUUCUAUUAUAUCAGAUCGAGGUUCACUAUUUACUUCUCACUUCUGGAAGGCAUUACAACAUGGUUUGGGUACUCAGCUAGAUAUGAGUACAGCCUUUCACCCUCAGACAGAUGGUCAGUCCGAGCGGACGAUUCAGAUGGCCCCAUUUGAGGCGUUGUAUGGCAGACGAUGUAGGUCUCCGAUCGGUUGGUUUGCUUCGGCAGAGAUGGAAUCUUUGGAUACUGACUUGCUUAGAGAUGCUAUGGAGCAAGUCCGUAGGAUUCAGUAUAGACUGUUGACAGCCCAGAGUCGACAAAAGAGUUAUGCAGACCGGAGAGUUAGAGCCUUAGUGUUUAUGGAGGGCGAUCAUGUUUGGCUUAGAGUGUCACCUAUGAAAGUUCAUCCUGUUUUCCAUGUCUCUAUGCUUCGGAAGUAUAUUCCGGAUGAGUCACAUGUGCUUUCACUCGAUUCAGUGGAGUUGGGUCUAGACUUGACAUUUGAGAAGGAACCUAUAGCUAUAUUGGACAGGCAGGUUCGAAAGCUUAGGACCAAGGAGAUUGCUUCAGUGAAGGUGCAAUGGAAGCACCGAUCAGUGGGAGAGGCAACUUGGGAGACAGAGUCUGAUAUGCGUGCCAGAUAUCCUCAACUUUUUUAA